AUGCCAGCUUUUAUCACAGACAAAGCUUCCAGUCAUGCAAUCAUCUCCCAUGCAUACUACAGCAGCAGCAGCAGGCAGCGGAACCGAGGUCAGCCGUACGAGCAGACAUUGGGGCAUGCCGAGAAACAUAAAUUCCAGGCACUCAGAGCGCUGCAAGAGUCUCUGGAAUCGCAGCGGCACACUGGAAACGCCGGAAAGCUGAGGGAAAUCUUCGCAGCCUGCUGCUGGCUUGGAGCCGCCGAGAUGCUCAGCGGCAACGUUCAUGCAGCAAUUGUCCAUUUGACAGCAUCCAAGAAAAUAAUUGAUUCGAUGGGAGGUUGGUCAGCUAUCGGCCGCAUGGAGAAAGAAAUUCUGCUUGGUGCAGUGGUAGGCCUCGCUGCUGCCCUACGCACUCGUCCUGUGAUGGAAAUUGGCGACUUCGACCCUGGAUCGUGGCGCGAAUACACGUGGAGCACCGAGUCGAACGACCCGCCCACAUUAUGCGAAGAUUUGAAGCUUGCUUUCCCUGAAACAGCUCCCUCUGAAUCUUCCGGCUCAACCUCCAUCAGCCCGACCCUGAAAGCUAUAUUUGAAGACAUGCGAGAGCUAUUAGUGAUCGAAGAGCUAAAAUUCAAAUAUGCGGCUUCCAAAUCCUCUGGCACGACAGAAAUUUUCCGCUGGUCUCAUGCUCGCAAAGUCGCAGUCCGAGCUCGCGGUCUGCAUUACUGGUGCGACUUGGUUGAAGCUGCUAAAAAGGAUGGUAAGCCUAUGACAGUGGUCUCCGCGCCUAAUGGAAUUGCAUCCAAACUCGCGCUUACUUACGAGUUUGCGUUAUGCCUUGCUAUGCGCUGCUUUGAUCGUUGCAUCUUCGAAGAGCACUAUCAACCCGGUGGAGUCUUCCGUGAGAGCAAGCGUUACCACAUGGAAAUGACUGCUGUCAUGGAAGCCCUACGGCCCGCCGCGGCGGACUUUUCUCUUGUCCCCGAUGAAUGCAUACGCGACGUUCUGUGGAUCUAUUCUAUUGGUGCGUACGUCGAGGACGUAUUCUUGCGUCCCGAACUCGAGCGAAAGGGAGACCCAGUGCCGUCUCAGAGACGAUUUUUCAGCACCCGCUUUAGCUACUUGGUCGCCGCAAACCUGGAGUUUGGUAGCUUUGAAGACGUCACGCGAUUCUUGAAGGACAAAUAUCUCUAUUAUCCGCGCUUGCAAGAUACAAGUUUGAGGAAAUUGGUCGAAUUGUGA